AUGAAGCCCCAGCAUAUCGCAUGGAGCCCCCCCUUCCCCGCCGUGGCCGUGGGGAGGCUGGGGGGGGUCACCGGGAGCCCCCCCGGGGGUAACGGGGCCCCUCCGUUCCCGCAGGAGUCGGGGGAUGACGAGUACCGGGGGGACCAGUCGGACAGCGACGACGAGGUGGACUCGGAUUUCGACAUCGACGAAGGCGAGGAACCGGCCAGCGACCAGGACGAGAGCGAGCCCAAGCGCCGCCGCCGCGUCGUCACCAAGGCUUACCGGGAGCCCCUCAAGAGCCUGCGCCCCAAGAAGACGGACGUUCCCACCGGGGGCUCCCAGAAACCACGGGAGGUGAAAUCCAUCCCCUUGGAGCUGCAGGAUGACGUGGGAGACAGUGAGUGUGGCCGGGACAGGGGGGACACCCCAGGGGUUCCCUCACAGAGUCCCCCUCCCAGGAAUGGGUGCCCGCCGGUGAGCCCCGUUCCUCCCGCCGCAGGCCGGAAGCACAUGCGUCAGUCGACGACGGAGCACACACGGCAAACCUUCCUGCGCAUCCAGGAACGGCAGGUCCAGUCCAAGAGGAAAAAAGGUGGCCCCAACUACGACCGGCCCCUGACGCAGGAGGAGCUGCUGGAGGAGGCCAAGAUCACCGAGGAGAUCAACCUCCGCUCCCUGGAAAACUACGAGCGCCUGGAAGCCGACAAGAAGAAGCAGGUGCAGAAGAAGCGGAAGUGCGUGGGGCCCGUGAUCCGGUACUGGUCUGUCACCAUGCCCCUCGUCCCCGAGCCGGGCAAGGAGGAGAACGUGGACGUGGAAGGGUUGGACCAAGACCCUCAGCAGGCUGAAGCAGCUCCAGCAGCCCCAGCUCCUCCGGCUUCCGCCGGGAAAUGCUCCCGCACCUUCAUCUCCUUCAGCGACGACGAAACCUUUGAGCGUUUUUUCCCCAAAGCCAAGGCUCCGCGGCUGCCGGUGCGGGAGAUCUGCCCCGUCACCCACAAACCCGCCGUCUACCGCGACCCCAUCACCGACAUCCCCUACUCCAACAUCCGAGCCUUCAAAAUCAUCCGGGAGGCCUACAAGAAAUACAUCACGGCCCACGGGCUGCCCAGCGCCGCCGCCGCCUCCGCCGCCCUGGGGGCCCCCGUUCCCCCCGGCCCCGACCCCAACGUCCGUCCCACCCGCCAGAAGAUCAUCAUCAAGCAGAGCGUCCCCCCGACCUGAGCCUUCCCCUUUUUUGGGGGGGGGUCCCCAGGGCGGGGCUGAGGGUCGAGGCUUCUCCUCGCCCCAACUCCCGCGGGUAACGGUUCGUUGCUCUAUUUAUCUCCUUCCUACCCUUUUUUUUUUAUAUAAAAAGAGAAAUAAAUCCGAGCAGUCUGCGCAAAAUGGGAGUGGGG